AUGGAUGAAUUUGUUUUAAACGGGGAGAAGAACUAUCUUAUUGUAUCAUCAUCAUCAUCAUCAUCAUCAUCAUCAUCAUCAUCAUCAUCAUCAUCAUCAUCAUCAUCAUCAUCAUCAUCAUCAUCAUCAUCAUCAUCAUCAUCAUCCAAAUCAUCAUCAUCAUCAUCAUCAUCAUCAUCAUCAUCAUCAUCAUCAUCAUCAUCAUCAUCAUCAUCAUCAUCAUCAUCAUCAUCAUCAUCAUCAUCAUCAUCAUCAUCAUCAUCAUCAUCAUCAUCAUCAUCCAAAUCAUCAUCAUCCAAAUCAUCAUCAUCAUCAUCAUCAUCAUCAUCAUCAUCAUCAUCAUCAUCAUCAUCAUCAUCAUCAUCAUCAUCAUCAUCAUCAUCCAAAUCAUCAUCAUCAUCAUCAUCCAAAUCAUCAUCAUCAUCAUCAUCAUCAUCAUCCGAAUCAUCAUCAUCAUCAUCAUCAUCAUCAUCAUCAUCAUCAUCAUCAUCAUCAUCAUCAUCAUCAUCAUCCGAAUCAUCAUCAUCAUCAUCAUCAUCAUCAUCAUCAUCAUCAUCAUCAUCAUCAUCAUCAUCAUCAUCAUCAUCAUCAUCAUCAUCAUCAUCAUCAUCAUCAUCAUCAUCAUCAUCAUCAUCAUCAUCAUCAUCAUCAUCAUCCAAAUCAUCAUCAUCAUCAUCAUCAUCAUCAUCAUCAUCAUCAUCAUCAUCAUCAUCAUCAUCAUCAUCAUCAUCAUCAUCAUCAUCAUCAUCAUCAUCAUCAUCAUCAUCAUCAUCAUCAUCAUCAUCAUCAUCAUCAUCAUCAUCAUCAUCAUCAUCAUCCAAUCAUCAUCAUCCAAAUCAUCAUCAUCAUCAUCAUCAUCAUCAUCAUCAUCAUCAUCAUCAUCAUCAUCAUCAUCAUCAUCAUCAUCAUCAUCAUCAUCAUCAUCAUCCAAAUCAUCAUCAUCAUCAUCAUCCAAAUCAUCAUCAUCAUCAUCAUCAUCAUCCGAAUCAUCAUCAUCAUCAUCAUCAUCAUCAUCAUCAUCAUCAUCAUCAUCAUCAUCAUCCGAAUCAUCAUCAUCAUCAUCAUCAUCAUCAUCAUCAUCAUCAUCAUCAUCAUCAUCAUCAUCAUCAUCAUCAUCAUCAUCAUCAUCAUCAUCAUCAUCAUCAUCAUCAUCAUCAUCAUCAUCAUCAUCAUCAUCAUCAUCAUCAUCAUCAUCAUCAUCAUCAUCAUCAUCAAAGACUAAUUUAA